GCCUGUUUUGCCGAAUCGCGGCGGUUCCAUUUGGGUGUCACCGGCACCACCGUCAACACCGAUCCCUAAAAACCCCCGAAUUGUCGCUCCGACCGCCUCUAAAUCCCCCAAUUCAGCGUUUCUCACCCCAAAACCGAACCCGCCGUGGGCGGAUUGGCCGAAAACGGCGCGUUUUUGGGGUGAGCGCGGAGGAAGCCAAACGGCGGCGCUAUGGAGACCUACGGCAACUGGUUGGGACCCCCCGGCAAGCGCCCGCUGAGGCAAACAGGAAUUUACUCCGUCGCCGGGAAAAUGACGCCCAUGGGCGACUUCAGACCAGCGUCCCCCGACAGCUUUGAUGAUGAUUACGACGACGUGUCCCUAUCGGAGUCGAAUCGUGGCCCCAAAUUACCCGCGACCCCCGAGGAUCCGCCCAGGAGCAAGAGCAGCACAGGAGUUUACACCCUGGCUGGGAAACCGGCGUCUCCGAACCCUCCCCAAAAUGGCAACACGGAGCGCGGAGGCGCCGGGGGCCGGAGCCGAGGGGCGACAUCAGUGGCCAUUCUCUACUUCUUGGUGGCGCUGAGCUUCGUCGCGUGGGUCCUGCUGUUCGCCGUGGGGCUGGUGAAACAGAUGGAAAUGGCAGCGGAACUGAAGCUCCUGCGCUCAAACUUCUCGGAGAGCCAAGCGGACGUGCGGCAGGAGCUGCGGGAGCGGCGGCGCGAGCAGACGCGGCUGCGGAGCGGGAUGCAGCGGCAGCGCCAGGAGCUGCAGGACAUCGCCGCGCUGAUCUGCAGGUCCGUCCCCGACGGCAAAAAGUGCUCGGCCGGGUGGCAAAUCUUCGAGAAGAGCUGCUACUUCUUCUCGUCGGAACGGGCGAACUGGGCGGACGCCGGGGAGCUCUGCGCCGACCAGGACGCGCAUCUCGUCAUCGUCGACUCUGAGAGAGAGCAGGGUUUUUUAGUGGAGAACGUGAACAGCAGUGGCCUGUACUGGUUGGGGGUGACGGACCAGCUACAGGAGGGAAACUGGGUCUGGACCAAUGGCGACCGCACCAGCAUCAGUUAUUGGGACACGUGGACGGAGAACAAGGACAAGGAGCAGGAGGAUUGCGGCGCCAUCGGGGCCGGCGGCGUCUGGAGCGACGAGCGCUGCUCCCGCGCCCACCGCUGGAUCUGCGAGAAGGCCUGGAAUUGCUGAUUUUCUGCUUAGUUUUCCCCGUUUUCAUGUGAUUUUCCAAAAAAAAAAAAAAAAAGCAGAUUUCAAAAUUAUAUCAUGGGGCAAAUCCUUAAAUGAAUCAUUAAUUAAAUAUAGAAUGGGGCAAAUCCUUCAAUAAGUCAUUAAUUAAAUACAGAAUGAAGU